AUGGAUAAUUUUUGUUUUGUAGUGAUAGAAUUAUUCACUUUAACUACAAAAAUAAAUAAAGCAGAAAUGUGUGCCUGUUUAGAAAAAAAAAAAUUCAAUACAAAUACUGAACGUGAAAUUGUAUUUGAUAUGAAAGAAAUUUCAGAUGUUAAACUUUCAUAUCCCAAUUUAGAAGUUAAAAAUCUUUUCAUUCAUGAUGAUAAAAAACGAAAGUAUUAUCCUUUGUCUAUUCAUGGUGAUAGACAUGUGGAUUUAAAGAAACGUGUUAAAUACACUUUGUUUGAUUUGUGGUUGAGUGUCACCAGAUGGAAUAUUAAAUGA